AUGGCAGACCGCAGAUGGAAGUGCGUCUCAGCCAGUCGCUACGCCGUGCAAGUCUCGCUUUGCAGCUUUGUAGUCUACCUCUCCACCCUCAUCGCGCAGACGUCUACUCCCACAGUCAUGAUAUGGGGUAGCGCGCCAUACAUCGGUCUUGUUGUCGCUUUCGGAACACGAUUUGGCCCAUCCGAUAUGAUUGCGUCCCAGACAUACUGCGUCAUCACUACAGUCAUACUCUUGUACCUCGACAAAGCCGCGACCGCUAUUGGCAAGACUGCCGAACCAAACUUCGAAGACACUGGACUUCAGCACCGCGCUGUACACUUUGCGCUUGCUUUCUUCGUCCUUUCCGAGCUGGAGUACCACCGACAAUACUACGCUACCAAAAGCUUCAAGAAGUCAGAUAAAUCUUCGUGGCGUUCAUGGGUGGCUGAUGCCGAUCGUACGUUUAAUGUCUCGAGACAUCAAAGCGUAUACUGGCAUCUGGGAUCUGUCAAUGAAGCAGACAACAAUGAGUCUGAAGAAUCAUUCGCAUCAACGGUGUACUACAUCCUACGUGUGCUCCUCCUCGACAGCCUACCAUUUCACUUAGUCGGCGGAUGCUUUAAUUACGCGAUCAACAGCACGGUCAAUCCGACUCCUCCUGCGAAUGGUCGCCUGGCCAUGCAAAUGAUCGGAAACUUCAAUGUCUUCUUCAAUACAAAGACUAUAUGGGGCGUCUACUUGAACCUCUGGGUACUGUCCAGGGUCGUACGACAAGCCAACUUCAUUACCGUUUGGGGCAUCUUCCGGGUGUCAUCUGGUGCUCUUGACUGGUCUAACAGGAAGCGAGUAAAUGUGUCUCACGAACAUUACGAGAAGUCGCAGGGUGAUCAAUAA